AUGGCUGGUGAAAGACUCUUCACAAAUUCUCCUGCAAAUAAUUCAAACAUGAAUACUUUGUUUCAUAAUCAUAAUCAACAACAAAACACUUCUCAACAACCUCUUGAUUCUCUCUUUCUUUCUUCCUCUCUUCCUUUCUUCGGAUCAAGAACUAUGGUGAGUUUUGAAGAUGUUCAAGGAGGAAAGAAAAGGUGCAACAACUAUCUCUUCAACGGAUUCGAUCUAGAUGAAAACGGAGAUGAUGAGAUGGACGAGUACUUUCAUCAAUCGGAGAAGAAGCGGCGUCUCUCUGUAGAACAAGUUCAGUUUCUUGAGAAAAGCUUUGAGGUUGAGAACAAGCUUGAACCAGAUAGGAAAACCAAGAUAGCUAAAGAUCUUGGUUUGCAGCCACGGCAAGUUGCUAUUUGGUUUCAGAACCGUCGUGCAAGAUGGAAGAACAAACAGCUUGAGAAGGAUUAUGAAUCUCUUAAUGAUAGUUAUGAGUCUCUUAAGACUGAUUAUGAUAACCUCCUCAAGGAGAAGCAAAGGUUACAAUCUGAGGUGGAAAGUCUCUCUGAAAAAGUACUUGCAAGAGAGAAUCAAGAGAGGGAAAGUGAAACAAAGAAACUAUUGCAGGAACCAGUAAUGAAUAAGCCAUUGGUUGAUUCAAUUUCUGAGGGUGAAGGAUCAAAAUUGUCAAUUGUUGAGGCUUGUAAUGAAAGUAAUCAUAAUAAUAAUAGACAAGAAGAUAUAAGUUCAGCAAGGAGUGACAUAUUGGAUUGUGACAGUCCAUGUUACAAGGAUAGAGUGUUGCAGAGAAAUGUAUUUGAACCCGAAUAUCAAUCAGACCUAUCACAAGAUGAUGAAGAUAACUUGUUGCCUCCUUAUAACAUCUUCACAAAACUUGAAGAUGUUCAUUACUCCAACCCGCAUCAUAACUCGUCUGGUUAUGGAUUUCAAGAGGAUGAUCAUCAUCACGCUCUUUGGUCGUGGUCCGGUUACUAG